AAAGUGAUUCUUGCUGAAGUCUAGUCUCCACCGAGAUGCCAUCUUCAUCUGAGGUUUGCUCAUCAUUUGGUGGGUCAGCUACAUUGGACAUAGAGACAACAGCAAAACACCAAUUCCAGGAAAUACCCAGGGUGGCAACAACAACAAACAACAACAACAAGGAGAAAGCAAAGCAGCAGAAACCAAGCCUUCGUGCCGUGGUACUGCUGGUGAAGAGGUGUGUCCUGUUGGUAGGCCCGCAAGCUGUGCAGCCCAGGGUUAAUGCAGACCUACCAGAGGCCAUUCCAGACGUCACCACCUUGGACCCAGAGCAAAGGAGGAAUCUGUUCUUCAACCCUGUCUGUGAAAAGUAAAUAGAUCGCUCUUUUCACAUAUAUGCA